AUGACGUCGCGCACGCGCGGACGCUCGGCGCAGAGGCCUGGCGGAAGACAAGAUGGCGCGGCAGAGGUGUCCCGCCCGCGGUCUGCGCCUCGUCGGUGUCUGAGCCGAGUGCUUCGGGCAGGGACGGCGGCAGACGCCGUCUGUGCGCGAUGGCCCGGCAUCGGAACGUCCGGGGCUAUAACUACGACGAAGAUUUUGAAGAUGAUGAUCUCUAUGGCCAGUCUGUGGAGGAUGACUAUUGCAUCUCACCUUCAACAGCUGCUCAGUUCAUUUACUCACGCCGUGACAACCCUGAAGAAGAAUAUGGCUACGAAGAUCUGAGAGAGUCUUCUAAUUCUCUUUUGAAUCACCAAUUAAGUGAAAUUGACCAAGCUCGCCUGUAUUCAUGCCUCGAUCACAUGAGAGAGGUACUGGGGGACGCUGUGCCCGAUGACAUACUGACUGAGGCAAUUCUGAAACACAAAUUUGAUGUGCAGAAGGCUUUGUCCGUGGUUCUGGAACAAGAUGGUGCGCAGCCUUUGAAGGAGAGGAGUGAGAGAGCAGUGUGUGCAGGACAGCCUUCAAAAGGAAAAUCAGUUAUAUCUCGGUCAUCCCAGAGUGAAUCUGAAAUUGUGCCAAAAGUUGCUAAAAUGACUGUAUCCGGGAAGAAGCAGAGCAUGGGAUUUGAAGUGCCUGGCUUAACUGCUGAGGAAAAUGGACACAAUGUGCGUGCUCCUCACAGAGGGCCUCCUGGUGAUGAUGUGAGCGUCGCUUCUCCUAACGUUCCUGAGAUCGGCACUCCGAAAUCUGGCCUCCCACCUCCCUCCCUUCAAACAUCAGAAGAGCUGGGCUCCACUCCGACCCCAGGGAGAAAGCCUGGCAAGCUGAGGCAGCAGAUAGACGUGAAAGCGGAAUUGGAAAAGCGGCAGGGCGGGAAGCAGCUCCUCAACUUAGUGGUCAUUGGUCAUGUUGAUGCUGGGAAAAGUACUCUGAUGGGCCAUAUGCUUUAUCUUCUGGGUAAUGUAAACAAAAGAACUAUGCAUAAGUAUGAGCAAGAAUCUAAAAAGGCUGGCAAGGCUUCAUUUGCAUAUGCGUGGGUCUUGGAUGAAACUGGAGAAGAAAGGGAAAGGGGAGUAACGAUGGAUGUAGGCAUGACGAAGUUUGAAACCACGACCAAAGUUAUUACCUUAAUGGAUGCUCCAGGGCAUAAGGAUUUCAUUCCGAACAUGAUCACAGGAGCGGCCCAGGCUGACGUAGCUGUCUUGGUCGUUGAUGCCAGCAGAGGAGAGUUCGAAGCUGGAUUUGAGACGGGAGGACAGACCCGAGAGCAUGGCCUUUUGGUCCGAUCUCUUGGAGUGACACAGCUUGCUGUGGCUGUCAAUAAAAUGGAUCAGGUAAAUUGGCAACAAGAAAGAUUUCAAGAGAUUACUGGAAAACUUGGGCACUUUCUCAAGCAAGCAGGUUUUAAGGAGAGUGAUGUAGCUUUUAUCCCGACGAGCGGCCUGAGUGGUGAGAAUUUAACCGCAAGGUCACAGUCCAGUGACCUCACGAAGUGGUACAAAGGGAUGUGCUUAUUGGAGCAGAUUGAUUCCUUCAAGCCCCCUCAGCGCUCGAUUGACAAACCUUUUAGAUUAUGUGUGUCUGAUGUCUUCAAAGAUCAAGGAUCUGGCUUUUGUGUGACUGGUAAAAUUGAAGCUGGUUACAUCCAGACUGGUGACCGACUGUUAGCCAUGCCACCCAAUGAAACCUGUACUGCUAAAGGAAUCACUCUGCAUGAUGAGCCUGUCGACUGGGCAGCAGCAGGCGAUCACAUUAAUCUCACUGUGGUUGGGAUGGACAUCAUUAAGAUCAAUGUCGGCUGCAUAUUCUGUGGCCUCAAAGAACCCAUUAAGGCUUGCACCCGCUUCAGAGCUCGGAUCCUCGUCUUCAAUAUUGAAGUUCCUAUCACUAAAGGGUUUCCUGUGCUGCUACACUACCAAACCGUCAGUGAGCCUGCUGUUCUUAAGCGAUUGAUUAGUGUCCUAAACAAAAGUACUGGUGAAGUCACAAAGAAGAAGCCCAAGUUGCUGACCAAGGGCCAGAACGCCUUGGUAGAGCUGCAGACACAAAGACCGGUGGCUCUUGAACUCUACAAAGACUUCAAGGAGCUGGGGCGGUUUAUGCUGCGUUACGGUGGCUCCACGGUAGCUGCCGGUGUUGUCACUGAGAUAAAAGAGUGAGGGUCCAUCCCCUCGCCAGGUCUCCAGAGGAGCUUGUCAGCCUCUGAGGCUCUCAGUGGUGCAGCUAAGGAGACAACAGCAUGCGGCCAUGGUUGUGUAGCUGAGAGAAACUGAAGUACAUACAGUUAGCUGCCAACGAGAAUCAAGGAUCACUCUGCAAAACUUCCCAGUUGCCAGCUGGCAGAGGCCAGCACUGAGCUGUCAUCUCUUGCCUUUUGGGGUGGCAGUAAAUACGUUUGUUGUGCUGAGACCUGUGGGAGGCAUCAGAAGACACUUAACUCAGUGGGCUCGACUUCCAGCCAAACCAAAACCAAACGCCCUUCUGUUUUCAUUUUUCUGCUGUGUGUGUGUUCUAAGGAAGUUGUAUCUUCGUGGGGCUUGGAGAGUCCAUCUUUGACCUGGUGCUUUUUUUAGUUAACACUAAGAAAAGAUUGACUGAAGGUAACAGUAAAGCUAAUUUGUGCUGAAAAUAAAACCGUCCAUUAAGCCUGCCUUCUGAAGUGUAAUGCGAAGUGACAGAACCUGUUCUUAGGUAACAAAGAUGCUACUUAAGUUGAGAAGCCAGCUAAUAAAAUGCCUUAGUUUGAAUGUA